CUUCUUCAUCUUCUCUUUUUUUCAUUUACACAUCGAGACGAGUAGGGUUUUUGUUAAGAGCCUUUGACGAGAGAUUUGAGAUGGCGCUAAGAGGAGUAUGGCAGCUCCAGAAGCUCGUGGUGAGCUACUGUAACUGGGGAGGUAGCAGUAGAGGCAUAAGAGCCUUUAUGGAAUCAGAGUUGCCUGCUCUGAUAGAGAAGAAUCCGCAGCUGGAAGUGGUGACGGAGCUUUCAAGGGGACAACAUCCUUACCUCAAGGGCAUUUACAGGAACAGAAAUGAAAGAGUGGUGUGUGUGAAGAACAUGGAUCCUGAUCAAGUGCUUCUCAACGCAACGAGGCUUAGGAACUCUCUUGGAAGGAAAGUUGUGAAGCUGAGGACUAGGCAUGUGACCAAGCACCCCAGUGUUCAAGGCACUUGGACUACCGCUGUCAGAUUCUGACAAACUUUGCCUUCCUAAACAUAUAUACUUUGCGUAUGGUUUCUCCUUCUUUUUGCUUGCUGUUGAAUCGAGGUGUGGCUCGAAUGUUGCAAGUAUUGUGGUUAUCUAUCUUUGUAGUCUCAAAGUUGUUUCUACUGUUAACUUGAAUCUUGUUUUCUCUUGAAUAAGAUCUUCGGAAAAGUUUAUUGGUAAAAGUUUCAUUUUUCUGAUCAA